UUUCAAUCAAAGCAAUUUUGCGUCGUUUCGUUGAUAUAAUUUUCUAUUAUUUAUUUUGCUUUGUUAGAUUUAACUAAGAAAAUUUGCCUAUGGUAACGUAGCGAGACAUAAUGGCGAAUCAGGAAAUCAGUUUGAAAUGGAAUGGCUAUCAGAGCAACAUUCUGUUCAAUGUAAAAGAGUUGUACAAAGACGAAGGCUUGUCGGACGUGACUCUGGUGUCUGAGGGUCACAGUUUUAAGGCUCAUAAAGUGAUACUGUCGGCAAAUAGUUCAGUUUUCAGGACCAUAUUUCAGCAAAACCCCCACAAGGAUCCAAUUAUAGUGCUUCAUGACAUCAGUACGGCCUCUCUGCGGACGUUGCUGACGUUCAUGUACAACGGAGAGGUGAAUGUGACUGAAGAAUUUCUACCAAUACUGUUAAAAACUGCAGAAACGUUAAGAAUUUGCGGUUUAUCUACAGGUAGUGAGGUUUCACGUGAAGAUGAGAAAACGUCAGCAAGCUCUUUACCUAAAAAGCGUAAGAAAAGUGAACAUGAAGACAGCAACAGUAAAUGCAAGAAAUGUAUAUCUGUACAGGGCCGACAAGAUGUUGCUCAAAAUAACCUAGUGCCAAAGUUAGAGCCAGCGGAAUCACCACUCACGGACUAUUCCGGAGAUAAUACAAAUGAUACUGAUAUAGCUCUGCUUGACGAUGUUGCUGAGAAGAAGCAAAAUAAAGGUUCAGGAGCAACCAAGAAGAGGAAAAGAGCAGAACAAGACAACAACAAUAAAUGCAAAAAGUGCUUACCAACGGUUGAUUCAGAAACUGUUCACAAAAUUAGCUCUGACAAUGGAAAGCAAUCUAAUGUUGUCCUCAAAAUUGAGCCCAUAGAAUCACCCCUUACGGAUUAUUCAGGAGAAAAUACAAAUGACACAGAUAUUGCUUUACUGGAAGAGACUUCUGAUAAGAAACAGAUUAGUGCUGAAAAUUGUCUCAACAAGAAGGCGUACAUGCUUAGUGACAGAAUUGAUAAGAGCGAAGUUAGUAGCACACAACCAUGUUUGAACGAAAAGAUUAACAGCAGUGAUGCGUCUGAUGAAAUAAUUGAAAUAGACAAGGAAGUUGAAAAUGUGCUGCAGAGUGGAACCAGAAUUGAAUCGCUGAGUAUAAAAACGGAGAAUCUAAAUUUGGUGAAUACUGAUGCUAAAGAUCCAUCAUUUCCCUGUCCGUUUUGUCCACGCGUGUACAACAGUUGGGGGUACAGACGGAGACACGUGAAAUCUAGACAUGUUACUAACAGGCUAUCAUGCAAGUGGUGCGUGUCAGUCCUCCCGUCGACGGGCGCGUGGUACACGCACGCGACGCGCGCGCACGGCGUGGCGCACGAGGAGGCGCGCAACUCGCUCGUCGUCAUGGUGGAGGCGCACGCCGUGCUCACGCUCGCCGAGCCCAACGUCACGCAGCUGCUCGUCUGAACACAGGUAUGGAAUAUCUAGACUGGAGUGUACCUGUGGUCGCAUUCUUAACAUCAGUCAGAGUGCCUAGUGCGAGUUUUGCAAAUUAACUUUCUCGAUGCAAAGAUUAUUAUCAUACCUUUGAAUCACGUACACGUAGUACUGUACUUUUGCAACUCUACAAAAUCAAUCCUCUGUAAUACUCUUUUUAAGGGUACAAGUUUACACUGGCAUAAUAUGUUUAAGGGUGCUUCAUUUUACCUGCUCCCAAGAUUCAUAUUUGUUAUUUUGAGCAUUAAUGUCGAGCCACAGACUUAGAUAGAUAAAGAAACGGCAAGGUAAUUGUUGUUAAUUUCUUAUCUUCAUUGUCACACCACAGUCAGUUGUUUGUGUCAACCAUGCUUGAUUUUUGUAUUGAUAUGAGUGCUCAUUUAUUUCCAAUAGUUUUUCUACUAUGUUGAUGUAAAAAUGUCACAUUCUAGCACUGUAACUUAUUGUAAGUUUUUUUUUAUUGCACAGUGAGAUAACUUCUGGUCUUCUUUUUGUCAUAAAGUAGCAUAAUAUAAGUACCUUACUUACGGCCAGUCCAACCAUUGUUUGACAGUUACAUGGUCAGUAAUAUACACUUGUUUUAUUUCUGCACUAAUUUUAAGGUAUGGUAACUUUUUGUCUCUGGGUUUUUCCAUAGUGAGCGUGGUUGUUUUUUAAUUUACUGUCUAAUAUGGAAAUGGAAUGUUGAGGUACUUCAGAAACAAUAAUGUAGUUACGAUUUUAAUUCGCCUUUCAUCAGUCACAUUGGAUUGUUUGUUAAUCUGGGUGACCACAGACUUAUAAAUGUUUAGACAGCAAUAUUGAAUUUACUUUUGUAUGUGCUGUGUCACUCACUAUAAAAAAAUGAAAAGGCAUAUUAAAAUAUUAAGGUUAACUUUUCUAAUUAUCUAUAUUUUGUUUGUAUUUAUUGUUUAAAUUAUUGUAAUAGGUAUGUGAUGAUCUCAAAGUUAUGAAGUCACGGUUUUCUAGUAUCGUAAGCGCCAUAAUAAAUUGCUUAAAAAUAAAUAUUUUACGAAUACCUU